GCUGCCCCGCGCUCCCCGGAACUCGCCCCGGCUCCACAGGCUGACCCGGCCCGGCCCGGCCCCCCGCCCGCACCCGCGCUGAGGAUGAAGAAAGAACCGGCCGAGCCGAGCCGGGCCGCUCCCAACUCCACCUCAGCGUCACUUCCGGCUGAGCGGGGUUCUGCUUCCGGGUUACGCUGCCCUGGCUGGGCUCCGAGCUGAAGUGUUCCUUGCACCGACCCGCCGCUGCCAUGUCCCCCACGGGACGCAUUGCCGGGGCCGGCUCCGGAGCUGCCGCCUCACGGCUUUGAAGACUGCAGAUGAAGACACACAUUCUAACCAUUUUAGCAUAAUAAAAAUAUUAAUACUCAUGGAAGAGGCACAAGACUUACCAGAACAACCUGUGAAAAAGGCCAAGAUGCAGGAAUCUGGAGAACAAAACUUAAGUCAAGUGAGCACCGCAGAAGUCAGUGAUCAGAAAUCUGAAUCUUCAAGCCUUGGCCCAAACCUUCCCAUGUCAAGUGAAAUUCUGACAUGCACUGAUUACAUCCCAAGGUCACCAAAUGACUAUACCUCACAGCUAUAUUCUGCAAAGCCAUAUGCACAUAUCCUUUCUGUACCUAUAUCGGAAACGAUGACCCCUUAUCCUGGUCAGACUCAGUACCAAGCGCUACAGCAGACUCAGCCCUAUGCCAUCUACCCUCAGACAACCCAGACCUACGGACUACCUCCUUUUGGUGCACUGUGGCCAGGUAUGAAACCUGAAAGUGGUUUAAUUCAGACUCCAUCUCCAAGUCAGCACAAUGUUCUUACCUGCACUACAGGGUUGACCACAAGCCAGCCCUGCCCAGCACAUUAUUCUUAUCCUAUUCAAGCAUCAACUACCAAUGCUAGCCCAGUCUCCACGUCCUCGACUGUUAUCAAUAUUUCAACACCAGCUGUAGCCAGCAUCUCGCACCAGGACUAUCCUACCUACACAAUUCUUGGCCAAAGCCAGUACCAGCCAUGCUACCCGAGUUCUGGCUUCGGGGUUAUAGCGCCAGCAGACAGCAGCAUGGAGAGUACCACGUUAGCAACCACCACAUAUCCAAUUGAAAAAGCAAAUGCCAUGGUGCCUACGCGGACAGCGCAGAGACAUUUAUCUGGAGAUCCAUCCACAAGUCCAUCUUUGCCAAGAGCAACAGCCAGUAAAGAGUUAGAUGAGCAGACUAGGAAAAACAUGGCUGGGAAAAACAGGGGCAAGAGGAAAGCAGAUGCCUCCUCCCUUCUGGACAGUGAACUGGAACGAGUGUUUCUGUGGGACUUGGAUGAGACCAUCAUUAUUUUCCAUUCCCUUCUCACAGGGUCGUACGCCCAGAAAUAUGGAAAGGACCCAACUCUAGUGAUUGGCUCAGGUCUGACAAUGGAGGAGAUGAUUUUCGAAGUGGCCGACACACACUUAUUUUUCAAUGACUUAGAGGAGUGUGACCAGGUGCACGUAGAAGAUGUUGCAUCAGAUGACAAUGGACAAGACUUAAGUAACUACAGUUUCUCCACGGACGGCUUCAGUGGCUCAGGAAGCAACGCAAAUCACAGCUCCACCGUUGGGGCGCAGGGAGGAGUGGACUGGAUGAGAAAACUGGCUUUCCGCUACCGCAGAGUGCGAGAGAUCUAUGACAAGCACAAAAGCAACGUUGGAGGCCUCCUCAGCCCACAGAAGAGGGAAGCUUUGCAGAGACUACGGGCUGAUAUAGAAGUGUUAACGGAUUCCUGGCUGGGAACUGCAUUAAAAUCCCUACUUCUCAUACAGUCCAGAAAAAAUUGUGUGAAUGUCCUGAUCACGACAACACAGCUGGUGCCAGCUCUCGCCAAAGUUCUCUUGUACGGCUUGGGAGAAGUGUUCCCCAUUGAAAAUAUUUAUAGUGCUACAAAAAUAGGUAAAGAGAGCUGUUUUGAGAGGAUUGUGUCACGAUUUGGAAAGAAAGUAACAUAUGUGGUGAUCGGAGAUGGGCGCGAUGAAGAGAUAGCAGCUAAACAGCACAACAUGCCCUUCUGGAGGAUCACGAACCAUGCAGACCUUGUGUCCCUUCACCAGGCCCUCGAGCUAGACUUCCUGUAAGAAGCUGAGAGGAGCAAAUGUAGCUCCUUUCAAGCCUCUCUCCAGGAGGGGCAGAAAUCUUGUCUAUCUCGGAGCUUUCUUUUCACCUUGAUGAAGAAAUGUAGCUAAUGCAAACUGUACAGUAGGAGGUGACACCCAGUCACUUCCUCAGGAGCACGGGUACUGCCAGGAACAAAGGGGUUUACCCAGAGCAGCAGACACAGUAUAGCUACAGUCUUUAAUUGUUCUCUGUUUUAUAAAGAAGGGAAUGGCUGGAGCUAAGGAGCUCUAGCUGGUAAUCUCCAGAGAUUCACUGUGCAUAUCCUUGUGGUAAUAUAAUAGCAGCAGACUUUUGUAAGAUCCUUCUCCCAUUCUAACCAACUUAGUUAUAGAUCCCACAGUGAAUGUAUAGACAUUAUUUUUAUAGAAAAGAGUCUAGCAUCUGGGGCAGGGUUGAACUUUCCCCAUCUUGCAAGGCCAAAAAGUCUGUUAAUUUUUCAUGGGAAAUAUUAAUGAAAAUGACAAAUAUACCUCUGUCACUGUGCAAAUGAGCCCCUCCCCUACCCCGUCUGUUCAGAAGAGUUAAUUUAGUGCCAUUUCUUAGGUUGUUUUGUUCCAAGCAGCUUCACUGAAUAGUAACAAGGGAGAAGGGCACGUAUCCAGGACUUGUAGUUCCCUGUAUAGGAAAAGGUCGGCUUUCCUAGUGAACCCUUGGAUCUCUAUUCAGUCACCACACACCCCUUCCCUUGGGCUCUGUCUCCCAGCUAAGAAUUACCAAAUUCUAGCCUUGCCAAUGGCCAGUGAUCUGGACUACAGAGUGAUGGGCACUAUAGGAACAUGUGCUGUAUUUCAUUCAGCACUGCCGAUGUGGUGGGAGGUUCUUCACUUGGCCACCAGUGAUUUAAGGCACAAUUAUUCUCACGAAUUAUAUUAGGAAAGGAAAUGUCAAUGGGCUUUCUGGGCUGUUUCUCCCAGUUCUAUCCGUGUCCAGUAAUUUCCUGUCGGCAGAAUCAGGUUCAGUUGCUUGGAUUUCUUUCCACUACACCCCAGCCCCAGUUACACCCAACAAAAAUCCAUUUGUCAGUGGAAUUCUGUUUUCUAGGACAACCGAGACGGAGAGCCACUAGCAAUGAGUGGAGACAUUCUCCUACCCACCCCCACUGCACCCAGACACGGAUAGUAGUUACAGUGACCCUUCUGCUAGGGCGUAAGUGACAUCAGCUCCCAGUGAGAAGACCUGUAUCUUAGCACCACCCUGCUCAGUACCAGCCAUGCGUUAGACCUUGGAGAUUGUCACCUCCAAGUCAGGGGCUUCAUGUCAGAGGCCAGUUCCAGUGUUAGCUGCAGGGCUUUGUUCUGCAUAGCUCUCCCCAUCCCAUGUGAAAUUCUUCUGCCUCUUUCCUAAGCAUGUGCCAUGGCAGCACCGGAACAUGUAGCUACUUGGAGGUUCCAGUGUACAACGUAGGAGCCUCUCAUGCCCAGCAGCAGCACAUCCUCUCUGCUGUUCGCGCUCAGCUGGGAUAUGAAAGGUUCGAGGUAUCUGGAGGAUCCCAUCUUUAGACAUCCUGAGCAUCCUAGACAGCCCUUGAUCCCUGAUCUGGAACCUGUAGAGGGGAUGGUCUGGGAAGCUCAGCACUUUACUCCAAAGAGCUACACACUGAGAAGGACGCUGAGCAGCUGCAUGUUUUGGCCAUGGUUACCAAAGUGUCUGACCUACUCCCCCAUGCCAUCAAGCUCAUGCAUGUCUAAGGAAAUCCACUGGCAGUGAGCCCUGUCUGUGCCAGAGACACUCUCUGAGAAUUCGGCAUUAUGGCUAGCACCAGCUCAGCUGCACGGGUAUUGGCAGUGCUGGAGCCUCCUGUGGAGAGCCCGCUGUCAGCUCUGAACAGGGUCAGGAGAAACAAUGACUGAAAAACUGGUGGCAAGCAGGUGGCCCCUCUAUACUAGGGCUCCCAACCCUGCUAAUCCUGGGACAGCUGGAUGGGUUUGCUAAUCUAGGCAGAGACAACGUGAGAACUGGGAAAGCAUGGGAGUCUCUGGAUUUCAGGUAUAUUUAUAUCUUUGACCUCCUUGAUAAAACAACUACUAAGGAAUGUCAUCUCCCAACUGCCAAGGGGAGCUCUGGGACCAGGAACCUGCCUUUCUAGUACUAGCCACUCAUUAGGCACUAGCUUUGCACUCUGACCUUAAGCUGAUAUACUCCAAAGCUGGGUGCAUUUGUAGCUGACUCCCCAGGAAACUUCUUCCAUGUGUUUAGUGCCAUGUACAUAGAAGCCAUUCAGUCUGGGAAGCAUCUUCCCUGGUAGAGAAUCUGACACACCAGUUUCAAUGGUGAGUAGUUACUUUAUGGCUCAUUAUAUGGGAAUUGUCCUAAUGUUUGGAAAUACGUCUGUAUUUGUAACUACUGCUCUGUUCCCUGCAUUGGCGGCCUGAGGGAGGCUACCUGGUCAUGUAGUGUUCAGAUACACUAACGUCUCUCGCUCGUGUUGCGCCAUUACCCCAGUGAGGUUUACACACUGACAUUGGGAGGAGAUCCCAUUGUCCCUGCUCUCCCUAACAUGUUGUGUGCUGGGGGAGAAGGACUGGGCAGAGAAGGCAUGCGCUUGCCUGUGGUGCCUGUGCGUUUGGGGAGACUAGAGGAGUGCGGCGAGGGGUGUCCGAUGUGUGACAGGAGGUACUGGAGUUGCCCUGUUCUCAGCUCCUUAAAGCACCUGUUUGUAAAAUAAAGCCCAUAGAAGAGUUAGCUACUACAUUAACCACCGAGAAUGGAGAGGAGCCAGCAGGAAAUUAGCCACAUGAAAAUGCAUCGUUUCCAAAGACACAGAUGCUGUGUGCAGCUGAAGAUGAAGUCUUCAAAGGAUGAUGAUCAAAGGAGAGUCCGUUCUGGUUUCCAUAAGCAUCUCUCGCUGGUGAGGGUCACCAGCUGGCCAGAAGCUCUCUUGUAAACAUGCUUGAGGCACUUUGUCCUGUGAAACUGAGCCUGUUUGGAACACAUGUCAUAUUUCAGUGAGCUUAAUUUGGGAUUUGAAACCUGUGCCUUAACCGUGGGAAACUCCCGCUUCACUUCAGUCAUUGUACAAAGUAGAACUGCAGGGGAGCCCUGCCUUGGGGGGGAUCCCCCCGGUGUUCGUAGUGAGCAUAGAAGCCAAGGUACUGAGCAAUCAGAUAGCUGGCAGGCUUUGCUUUGUGUUUACUUCAGAUUAUUUUAAGGAACCUUUAAGACCUCAGCAAAAUUUAGGCUGAGUGUGAAACUAUUGCAGCCAGUGACAUUUCUUAAUGAUAUUUAUACGAUGUCUCCUCGAAUGUAUGUAAAAUACUUUUCUACCAGGAGGUUGAUGGUACAUUUCUGUGUUACAUUAAUAAAGGUUAACCUGGCUGUUUUAUUCUUUCUGUGGCUGGCUGCAUUUGUGAGACUUGUCCCUUCUCUAGGGAGCUGGCAGGCGUGGGAUUCUCUUCAGAAGAGGAUCGUUUGAAAAUGCCUGCUGUUUUGUUGCUUUUUGAUUAUUUUCAAUUUGACUGUAAUUUAACCAGCAACGUGUCAAAUUCUAAAGCUGGAAAAGUGGCACAGCCCUAAGAUGCUCCUUCUGAGUAUUCCUGUGCCCUCCAGGCUGAGUCGGUAAAGUCUGUGUCCUCAGCUUUGCUGUAGCCCUGUUACUUUAAAAACCAGCCUAUUGAUGCUUGCUGGUUCCCAGUGCCCUGGCAGGGCUGCAUUACCCCUUUGUACUCGAGUAUAUUAGCAAGCAGGUGGUUCCCUCUGGACCCACCAGAUGCCUUACACAGAACUAGGUGUUGGUUGCAGUGUAUGUAUGUGACUGAGGGCAUUAAUGGCUGGAUUCAGUGACCAGUCAUGUUCUGUGAGAUGGGAACUGUCCUAUAAACUGGAAAAAUAAAGACUAUUUUCUGUAAUAA